UUCUGAGAGCUCGAAAUCUUAUAGCCAAAGGCAAAGGUGGCAACAAUGACGUGUUUGUCACGAUACAACUGGGCAAGGAGAAAUAUCAGACUUCAACGAUCAAGUCCGCCCUGAAUCCAGAAUGGUUUGAAGAGUGUGAUCUGCCCGUCACCGACAUGAGAUCGGAAGUCCAAGUCAGCCUCUUUCACCGCGGCGUCCUCUCAGACGAUUUUCUGGGAUACGCAGCCAUUCCUCUUUGGGAGCACAAGGUCACAGAGUCAUCGGCCAGCAGCUGGAUCUCCCUCAAAAACAAGCCAACCAAAUCGUCAGAUAACAAGUAUCGAGGCGAGCUGGAGAUCAAAUUAACCUUCCACUGCCGGAGUCGCACCGACACUAUGUCGCGUGGGCUCAAGAAGAGGUCGUCCUCAAUUCGAAAUCUGGCUUCCGCUUUUGGUGACAAAUUCAAACUGUCACGGAGUCGCUCUUACCGGGACGUGCGUGAAAACCACAGAGACACCGAGGUUUUUAAGAUGGACAAAAGCCGGACGUUUGACGGCAAGGAGUUCACCUCGUCACGUGAGGGACAGGACGGCCACUCAGCAUUAUGUGUGUACCCCUACACACACCCACACACCAACCCUCCUGUCCACUUCUCGGCCCUGGACAUCAACAGAGCUCCCUGGGGGAUCGACCCAAAUUCUCCG